GAAUUUGUUAUCAACCACAUAGUUUUCAAGUAACCAUAUGGACCAAUAGACAGAAAACCAAAAAGAGAAAAAGAUAUGUCCGGGCCUUUCUAAACAAAGACAAUUCUUACAACACAAAAGAGAUGUACAAGAAAGUGAUUUGUCCAAUGUAUAAACAUUUCAUACCCAUUACAUCACAAAGAUCCAAGUCCGUACAUACAGACUGCAAAUACUUCCUUAAUCUGGAAGGGGCAGUGGCAAGCCAGUUUACUUCAAUCUUGCAAGCUUGUAGUGAUCAUUCUCUUAUCCAACAAGGUAGACAAGUUCAUGCACAUGCUAUUUGCAGUGGACUUGUAAAAAACAGCCUUGUUGGUACAAAGAUUUUGGGUAUGUAUUUUCUCUGUGGGAGCAUUGUGGAUGCUAAGAACAUCUUUUAUCAGCUUGAUUUGCAAUAUACUUUGCCUUGGAACUGGAUGAUUAGAGGGUUUACUAUGAUGGGUUACUUUAAGUUUGCCUUGCUGUUUUACUUUAAGAUGUUGGGUUCUGGAAUUUCACCUGACAAGUACACUUUUCCAAGUGUAAUUAAAGCUUGUGGUGGUGUGAAUAAUGUAAGAUUGGGUAAAGCAAUCUAUGAUACCAUCCAGUUUAUGGGUUUUGGAGUGGAUAUAUUUGUGGGUAGUUCUUUGAUUCAAUUGUAUGUGGACAAUGGUUGUAUCCAUGAUGCAUGGUGCUUGUUUGUUGAAAUGCCUCACAAAGAUUGUGUUUUAUGGAAUGUCAUGCUUCAUGGUUAUGUUAAAAAUGGAGAAUCGAAGAAUGCUGUUGGAAUGUUCUUGGAAAUGAGAAAUAGUGAAAUUAAGCCCAAUGCAGUGACGUUCGCUUGCAUUUUGUCAGUUUGUGCCUCAGAAGCUAUGAUUGAUUUUGGUACUCAGCUUCAUGGGCUAAUUGUUGCUUGUGGGUUGGAGUUGGAUUCUCCAGUGGCUAAUACAUUGUUAGCAAUGUAUUCAAAAUGCCAGUGCUUGUCUGAGGCCCGCAAAUUGUUUGAUAUGAUGCCACGAACUGAUUUAGUGACAUGGAACGGAAUGAUAUCUGGGUAUAUACAAAAUGGGUUUAUGGUUGAGGCUUCACGCUUGUUUCAAGCGAUGAUUUCUUCUAGUGUCAAACCGGACUCAAUCACAUUUGCAAGUUUUCUACCUGAAUUUGUGUGUCUGUAUCUCCUUUCGGAAAUUCACGGUUACAUUGUAAGAAACUGUGUGCCUUUGGAUGUGUUCUUGAAAAGUGCACUGAUUGAUGUAUACUUCAAGUGCAGGAAUGUGGAUAUGGCACGCAAAAUUUUCAACCAAAGCACCAGAACUGAUGUUGUCAUGUGCACUGCUAUGAUUUCAGGGCUCGUUCUCAAUGGGAUGAAUAAUGAUGCAUUGGAAAUUUUUAGAUGGUUACUUAAAGAGAAAAUGCGACCGAAUUCUCUAACCUUGGCAAGUGUUUUACCAGCUUGUGCUGGUUUGGUUGCUCUGAAAUUGGGAAAGGAAUUGCAUGGAAACAUCCUCAAGCAUGGGCUUGACGGAAGGCUCCAUCUGGGAAGUGCGCUUACAGACAUGUAUGCAAAAUCUGGAAGAUUGGAUCUUGCUCAUCAAGUUUUUGAAAGAAUGUUUGAAAGGGACACCAUUUGUUGGAACUCAAUGAUAACAAGCUAUUCCCAGAAUGGCAAGCCAGAAGAGGCCAUUGAUAUAUUUCGUCAAAUGGGGAUGGCAGGUGCCAAGUAUGACUGUGUAAGCAUUUCAGCUGCUCUUUCUGCUUGUGCAAACUUACCGGCACUUCAUUAUGGGAAAGAGAUUCAUGGUUUCAUGAUUAGAAGUGCAUUUAGCUCUGAUCUGUUUGCUGAGAGUGCACUGAUAGACGUGUAUGCCAAAUGUGGAAACUUAGUUCUUGCUCGCCGUGUGUUUGACAUGAUGGAAGAGAAGAAUGAAGUUUCCUGGAACAGCAUUAUUUCUGCUUAUGGGAGUCACGGUUGCCUUCAGGACUCUCUUGUUCUGUUUCAUGAAAUGUUGGGUAAUGGGAUCCUGCCUGAUCAUGUCACCUUUCUUGGUAUAUUAUCUGCUUGUGGCCAUGCAGGCCAAGUUGAUGAUGGAAUUUUCUACUUCCGUUGCAUGAUUGAGGAAUAUGGGAUCCCAGCUAGGUUGGAGCAUUAUGCUUGCAUGGUAGAUCUAUUUGGGCGUGCUGGACGUUUAAGUGAAGCAUUUGAAACAAUAAAGAGCAUGCCAUUCUCCCCAGAUUCUGGUGUCUGGGGAACAUUGCUUGGAGCUUGUCGGGUCCAUGGCAAUGUUGAGCUUGCUGAAGAGGCAUCAAGACAUCUUUUUGACGUAGAACCACAAAAUUCUGGGUAUUAUAUACUACUCUCAAAUAUACAUGCUGAUGCUGGAAAAUGGGGGAGUGUGCUUAAGGUUAGAAGUUUGAUGAAGGAAAGAGGAGUUCAGAAGGUUCCUGGGUACAGUUGGAUCGAGGUUAACAACAACACUCAUAUGUUUGUUGCAGCAGAUGGAAGUCACCCACAGUCUGCUCAGAUAUAUUCAAUGCUCAAGAGUCUUCUUCUUGAACUGAGAAAAGAGGGUUAUAAUCCUCAACCCUAUCUUCCUACACAUCCACAAACAUCGGGGAUGUAAUUACCGGAAAGUUUCAUCGUCUCCUCCUCUAAUCCUAGCAACUUCAGGAUUAGGAAUAUGGUGCUGGCUCUGUGAAUUAUGUUACAGUUGUUCCAGCUUGGGCAGAUGGAUUGUAUUUAUUCCUAUGGCUUAGGUAAGAAAUAAUUGCAAGAGUGUAGCUUUUGGUCUGAAAAUUACUGUGUUAAUUUUUAUCUCUGAGGUUUGAACCCUUUGCUCUCUUUCAUUUUGCGUCUUCAGCUAUAGAAUUAGAGCUUCAAGUAGGUUUCUGUAUUUUGUUAACCCUUCCUUUUGCGUUAUGUGAGAAUCUCUGGAAGUGGUCAUUGUUUUGUGGAGUGGACAGAUUGGUUUGUUUUGCAGGAGAGGAGGCAAAUAUGUGGUCAAAAAUUUCUUGAAAGAUUGUGCUGGAGAAUCCAUUUGCAGUUUUGGGUAUUGAGAUGAGCGUUCGACACAUGAUCUAUAUUGUUGCCGAGGGAUUUUUGGAAGUGCACAGAAAGGAAAGCUUCCUAAUGCUAAACAAUUAUCACAGAAGAGAGGUUGUCAAUUGGCUUACAUCUAUUCUGUCAAAGCAGCAUCUACAUGGAGAUCUAUCUGGUAUGAGUCUCCCUCAGGGAAUUUGAGUUCCCUUAUAUUUUUUAAGAAUGUAUGAUUACGUUUGCGGUUUUCUGUUUAAGACAUAGCUUUAAAGGCUUUUGAUAUAUAAGAAGCUUGAAAGGUUUUGACUUA